UUUAGAAUUCUUCAAUAUACCAGAGGCUCGAUCUGCUAACUAUUUUUUGAUGGAUAAGCGUUGGAACCUUUUACACUAUGCCAAGACAUAUGUGCGAGACAUCUACCCUUUUAGAAGAUCAGUGUCUCCUCAACUCAACCUGGUUCAUAUGCUUCCAGAGAAGGGCCAGGAGCUCAUCCAGAAACAGGUGUUUUCUAGAAAGUUGGAAGAGAUUGGCCGAGUUCUGUUCAUCAUCUCACUUACCCAGCAUAUGCCUGCCAUGCACAAACAAUCCCAUGUCUCCAUGCUUCAGGAAGAACUUUUGCGUCUACCGUUAUUUCCUCGCUCUGCCAUUGAUGCUGAGUUCAUGCUCUUCAAUGAGCCUCUAGCUGUUAACCCAACCAGCUGAGUCUCAGGAGGAGAUCACGGCUCGUCACCAUAUUGCAGAGCAACUAGAGCGUCGUUUCAUCCCGCGGUCCCUCUGCAAGAGCUCUCUGUUUGCCGAGUUCAGCAACGAGCUCAAGAUCUUGAAAGAGGCUGUACACAGCGGCUCCAGUAAGAACUGGCUUUAUUGGGAUAUUACCUAGAAAACAAAAGUUUACCUACCUAUCUCUCAGCAAAAUUGGUCACAUUGUUAACCCUAACCCUAACAUGCUGCAUAUACAAAUCACACAUAAAUAACUAAAUCAUAUACAGUAUAUCUCACAUAAACCGUAUCAUACAGGACAUGUAGAAAGGUAUAUCGGAUGCCACA